CGUGUUUCCGGGUUGGGGCGCCGUCUUGACGCGGUGGCUGAUGGACUUUGUAGUCGUGGAAAAUCAAAGUUCAGUCCUGCUCCGGUACUUUGGACUAGUUCGAUCCCGGUGUCGGUGUGUGUUCCCGCCGUCCACAUGUCCGACCUGUGGGUGUCCGUGACGGUGCUGGGGGCCGUGGUCGCCCUCAGUGAGCUGACCCGGCGGACGGCCGCCCUCCUGCCGCCCGGCCCCGGCCCCGGCCCCGGCCCCGGAGCCUCCUCCUGGCUCUACCUGCUGGAGGCGGCGUCCACCUUCCAGCUGUGCGGGUGCACGCAGGAGCUGAAGCUGCUGGGGGACACGGCCCGGCUGGGGCCGUGCGCGGGCCUGGCCCUCACCUACACCAUGACCGUGGUCCACAUCUCCACGUUCCGCGGGGCGUCGUGUAACCCGUGCGGGGUUCUGGAGAGGAUGUGCCGGCGGAGCGGCGGCGCCGGCCCGGCCCUCCUCCUGUGCGCGUGCCAGUUCGCGGCUGCGGUCGCGGCGCAGUACUUCGCGCGGUUCGUGUGGUCGCUGGGUCUGUCCGACGUCCACCUCCGCCACCGGAGGUUCGGGUACAGGUGCUUCGACCCCCUCGGCGGGACGGUGCCGGAGGCCGCCGCCGUGGAGCUGGCGUGCGCGUUCACGGUGCAGGCUGCGGUCAUGCACGUGCACAAACUGGACCAAAGGCUGCGGGUGCACGUCAUAGCGGCGGUGAUCACCGGACUGGUGUACACAGGUGGGGCCGUUUCAGGUGCAGUUUUUAACCCCGUCCUGGCCUUCUCCAUCCAGUUCCCCUGCAGCGGACACACCUAUCUGGAGUACUGCUUUGUCUACUGGCUGGGACCCCUUCUGGGUAUGGCCAGCUGCAUUCUGCUGUUUGAGAAGAUCAUUCCCUUCCUGUCUGGAAAGAGUACCAUCGGUCCGGAUGUCCACGCUGUCCACAAACAGAAGACACACUAGAAGAAUGGACUGGUGAUUUCAACGGUUUUCCUUCCAUGAGUUUAGGUGGACCAAACCAGUCUGAUGUUUUUUCUGGUUCCUUUUGUCCUGAGCUCUUAUGGAGACAUCUGAGUUAAAGCUGCAGUUGAACCUGGACAUGUGGCGUCUUCAGCAGGUCGUCUCCAUGUCCUACAGCUGGGUCUGCAGUCCCUCUGUCACCUGUGGACUACAGGCCGACAGAUUAAUCGGCCGACAGAUUAAUCGGGCUGAUUAUAGCUUAUCACCGAUUAAUCAACUUCAGCCAAUAUGUAACCGAUUUAUUAACUUUUUUGCUGCGGAGAUUCUGUCACUCACUGCUCCUGUGU